AAUAAUCAUACGAACACCUUCGACACCAUCACAACCCACCUUCACCACUCCGGAACCCCUCUUCAUGGCAGGAUCUAGGAGCAACGAGCCCAGCCGUUCGGAUAAUCAACCCAAGCUGGUCCCAUUAAAUUUCGAAGACCUGGCAACUGAGACUUUGGUCGAUCGGGGCGAAAUUUGGUUACUGCACUGGCUUAAGAAUUUGGAUUCGAAUAUCGAAAGGGCUGAAGAGUCUGCCUUGAAAUCACUCCAAGCCCAACUCGAAUCUGAUCUGAUUAGAAUCAUCACACAGGUCGCACCUACUUCACAACCUGCCCCCAAACCUGGAAGACCUAUUCGACAUCUUGUUGCAAGGAUCUUGGUCCAAUUGUUCGAUAGAGCCGAACGGAGGACACUCUUCGAUGUAAUCGCAGCCUUGCUGAAAGUGGCUGGUACUGAGCCUCCCAAAGGCUCACCCGAUAAUAAGCUUCAUAGAAUUGCCAGCUUUCAUGUUGUAGGCGAGCUUAUGAAGGCGCACGGCUCACAAGUCAUGUCGCAGUUUGCAGAGAGUGUAAUGGUCUCAAUGAGAGUACUCAAGACAACGACCAACCCACCCAUCCUCCGAUCGCAAGCCUUAUUUUGUUUGAAUUGCUCAUUAACUAUCGGCUCGAAAACCCUUUCACCUAGCGACAAUCUAGCGAGAGAGAUUCUGAAAACACUGAGAUAUUCGAUGACCGAUAAAACGUUUUCGAUCGUCCGGGGAAGUGCGGAUUGUCUUUUGACUCUUUCAGACAGAUCUUUGAAUUUGAUAAGCUCUCUGAGUGACAUAGAAGCUUGUCUAGAAAUCUGCUUCAAGAGUCUCGAAGGUGUUGAUUUCGAUACCCGAAGGUCCUUAUCAAAACUAAUCGCAAGUCUGCUUGCCUCCACUCAAGUAUUCGGAUCUGCAGUCACUUCGUCCAAUAUUCCUACUACAAACAACAAAGCCAAAAAGAAUAAGGAAGGCCAAGAACAGGACGAGGAAGAUCCAUACCCUACCACCAUGACAGCCGAGGAAAAAGGAAAGACUCUAUUGACACCUGAAGAGAUGCUUUCACUGCUCACCACUCAAUACUCCAAGCCCUAUACAUCUCGCCAAGCUCGAAAUGGACUGAUAGAUGCACAGGCCACUCUGUUUACACUCCUUGGUACCAAUUGGGUCGAGCAAUUCUAUCCCGAAAUAAUGAAUCACAUCAUUUUUAACAUUGGAUGUGGCAAAUCAUCACACUAUACGAAUCCUACACCCUCUAUCGCUAGGCACGAUGCGUUGGUCUCCCGAAAACUAGCCAGCAUUCUGCUACGCGAUGUCAUUUCGGUGCGCCUUCUUUCUGAGCAGGGACAGAUCGUUGCGAUCCGCGAAAUUUCGUCAUCUAUCAUCAACAAGUGGCCGGCGUUAAUGCCUACUCAUCAACCUCCGAAUAAAAUUGCACUGGUGAUUGCACUCAAUGAAGUCUCUGGUCUACUCAAGCAAGUUGGCUGCGCAACACAGCCAAUCCAAGAAGUUCUUUACAAUCCACUCAUCCGUCUGCUGGGUCAUCCCUCAUAUUCAGUGCAAAUUUCCUCAGCUUUGUGUCUCCGAACUUACUGUCUCGUUGCACCUGGAAAAUUGACGAACACACUGAAUCACGUCUUGGAGCUACUCAACAAGGAUUUGUUACAUUUGGGCCAUCCGGGCGGUCCGUCGGAUGCGCACAAACGAGCGAUCGGACAUGCACAUGGACUCGCAGGAUUAAUCAGUUUGAUUUCAUUGCGGCCUCUAUAUGUCUCCUUCGACGUCUCUUCCAAAAUCAUGUCGCUGGCUAUCCAAUUGUUGAAGGAAAGCGGAUCUCACGACCUGCACAUCUCGAUCGUUGAAAUUCAAGUAGCAUGGAUCCUGAUUAGCGCACUGACCACCCUUGGUCCGAAUUUCGUCCGAACACACCUGCCUCAGCUACUCAUUUUGUGGAAAAACGCCCUGCCCAACCCAGCAGCAAGAGAUUCAAACAACAUUCAAUUCCGAAGUGAUGCGGAAUGGAGUUUCCUCUUGCACCUACGAGAAUGUACUCUUACUCUAAUUCUUAGUUUUUUACAGCACGACGGCGAAAAGCUGGUAACGCUCGACAUUGCUCGUAGAAUCGUGAUGAUGCUCAGUAAUGCGCUCGCAUUUAUUUCUGAAUUCGAAAAAAGGUAUCCUCAAACAGAUCAGGAGCCACCGGUUUUCGCCAAUUCCAAGCUGGGUUUUGCACACUGGGAGUUGCUGUUACGAAGGCGCGUUUUCCAAUGUUUUACCGCACUAAGUAAGAUCUCAAUGGCGUCCGUAGAAUCACUACAAAUGACAUUGCUAGAAACCUCGCUUGCUUUGUUUGCCGAUCCGGAGAAGUACACUGGAUCAUCAGUCCAGGCAGCCAUCAGCGCAAGUACGGGUAGCUUUACUAGUGUUUGGGACUCGAUCGACGGCUUCAGCUUUGGUGUCACCAGCUUGUUGACAGAAAAUGAAUGUUUGAAUAGCGGCGAACAAGGCGACGCGAGCAUGUCGAAUAGUGUUGAUAGUUUGAUGACUGAUUGGUUAAACCGAGAUUUGGCUGAAGUCUCAGUCGCAUCCAUCUUACAACAACCGUGUAUCGAAAGCAAUGAGCAUGAUUUCUUGGUGAUCUGUACCCCUCAAUCAGUCGAUGGACCGGUCCGAACACUAGGCUCACAUGCUAUCUUACCUGCUCCGCCGGUCACGACCGCCACUGUUGACGCCGCCUUAGAGUUAUUCGCGCUUUACUUCCCACUGGUGACGACCAAUCAACAAUCCAUGCUGAUCGAUCGUCUUUCCAAAUUCUGUCACUCGAGUAAACUAGAGAAAAACCCGGGACGAAAGAUGGCGAUUCUAGUUAACUCGGUUACGGCUAUGUUAUUGGCCGCGAAAUCGUGCAUGUCCUCCACGUUUUUAGGAAAGUCAAAACAUUGGGAUCCUGCGGUCGUGAAUCUGAUGAAGGAUAUACUCAAGGAAGCGCUCGUUCAUUCGGAUCCUCGUCUGCGUGCCGCCGCAGCUCAAACUUUUGGUCGGGCGUGUGCUCUAGGUGGAAAUACGUUCAUGCUAUCUCAAAUUCAGCAUUGUGUGACGCAAGUUGUCACCAAUACUGAUCCAGAUUCUCGAUCAGGAUAUGCUUUGGCUUUCAGUCAAAUAUAUACUCAAGUCGGAUCACUCUCUGCUGGUGCCACUCUCAAGACGGUUGUAGAUGUUUUGAUGUCUUUGAGUGCUGAUCCACAUCCAUCAGUCCAUUUCUGGGCUCUCAAGGCAUUGUCAGAAGUCAUUCAUACCGCUGGUCUCUCCUACACACCCUUCCUCAAUUCAACUUUGGGCAUGGUUGUCAAGCUUUAUUGUAGUGACUCCCACGAACUUGAAUCUGGCGGGGUUGGUUAUGUGAAUUUACGGGCUAGUCUGCCGAGUUAUCAGAACUUCUGCAAGAUCUUGAAUGCAAUCAUCGGGGUUUUGGGUCCUGAAUUAUCUAGCUCUGGAAAAUCCAAAACGUUGAUCCAGCUAUUGAACGAAGAAUUGAAUGAAGAAACCGACGAAGGCAUUAAAGUAGAAGCAUUGAAGUCAAUCCAACACUUUAUGAUGUUUUCGAUCGAAUCAAUCAAUCUUCAGAAGCUGGUCCAAACCCUACUGAAGCACCUAUCAUCCAAUCGAAGAACUCUGAAAGUUGCGUCGAUCAAUUCGAUAUAUCAGCUAGUCCAAAAAAAUGCGAUGGUGAUGUCAAAGCUGGGCGGAGACAAGUUGGUGGUGAAUUUAUUUUCGAUAUUGGAUGAUGAUCCUACGAUCGAAGGGGUGCGACAUUCGAUCAAGAGUUGGCUGAGACAAACCGCGGAUUCGAAUCCCUCUGCCUGGAUUGAUUUAUGUAUGCGAAUCAUCUCACGAACCACUGCGGCCCAAGCAUCAGUAAUCCAGGACGUUGGACCGGCGGCGAUGACGUUCAUCGAUGAAGAAUCUCAGGGACUCGAUCUUGGACAAGAGACCUCAGGCUCUAGCAGUAAUCAUCAUAACAAAGCCAGGGCGACCACGUCUCGUUGGCGAACUCAACUAUUCGCUCUGCAAUGCUUACGCGAAGUCUUCCUCACAGUCAUCCGGAGUAAGAAGGUCGAACAUUUCAGUGUUCAAGCUGCUAAAUCCAAAGGAUUCUCUACCCACUUUAAGCAGUUAAUGUUCUGUCGAGUUUCGGAUUUGAUCAAAAUGGCCUUCACCGCUUCGACUGCUAAUAUCAUGGAAAUAAGGCUAGAGGGCUUGAACGUUUUACGUGACGUAAUUGAGAACUUCAAAAGAUCCAGUGAUCUGGAUUUUGAUGAUUCGCCAUUGUUGGAACAACACCAAGCACCGAUCGCAGCUGCUCUCACCCCAGCAUUUUCCAACGAUUCAUUUCCUGAAGUUUUGGCAUCUGCGAUUCAAGUCUGUGCUGUAUUUGUUGGCUCGGGUGUGGUGAAGGAGAUUGAUAAAAUGGGUAGGAUCUUGAAACUAUUAACGUCAGCUCUAGAAAGUUGUAGAGAGUCGGAAAUCACCUCGCUUGGGGAAAUGAAAGACUUUAGUGCAACGGCAUCGAUUAUGAUCAAGACAGCAGUUUAUGCAGCGUGGGCCGAAUUCCAAGUGAUUUCGAUUCAUCAAGCCUAUCUUAGUCGGGUUAUAACACCUCAUUUGGCAUUGCUGUGUCCACUCUGGGUAGCCUCUUUGACAGAAUAUGCACGCCUCAAAUCGGAUGAAGAUUCGAGUUCGAAUUCGGGCUCCCCGUCCUUGACAGUCGAUAGCUUACAAGGCGGCCUAUAUCGAGAGAUCUCGUUGCCUUAUUACGAGAAUGCAUGGCUCAAAAUGAUGAAAGCUACGGCUUCAUUGAUCAAAGCAAAGAAUCCGAUCAUUCUUCAAGCCCUGAAUGGAGUCGACUUGUCCAAUCCAGAACAGCCAUCCGAAGCGCUCGAGCCUCGCAUUGAACCGGCGCUACAUUUCCACAUCUUACUUGGAUUGGUCUAUGAAGCAGCAGCGACGACGGCGUCGAUUGGGACCGAAGAUCCGUCCUCGAUCACCGCCCAAACGAUGGAAACCGCUCUGUUCUCGUUGGACGCACUUCUUCAGAUCGAGGUCGUUGGAUCCGAAGGGCUCAAAAAAGAUAACGCGGUCUUUGGAGAGAUCUGUAACUUGUGUUAUCGGUUGACCGCUACCGAAUCCGCUCGAGUUCAAGUCUUGGUCGUCCGUUGUAUCAUGCAACUCGCUCACAGCUCUACGGGCUCAGGUCCAGUCGAAUACAAUUCUCAAGCAGAGCUGCAACUCAAUCAAUGUCUCAGGGUGAUCAUCCAAGUCCUGAUCAAUUCCAACCCAGGAAUGUCUUCGAUGGCCGCUUCUAAAGCGCGGAAAAACACGGCCAAUUACGCUGCUCUGGUUCUCGCUGCUUUCACCGCUUGUGCUGAUUUGGCUGAUCGAAGUACCCCUUCCAGUCGGGAACAAGUUUAUGGAGUAUUACUAGGUCUAUACAGUGAAAGCCUGAAAGAUGACGGUACUGGUAGUAGUAGCUCGGCUGUGAUCGACUUGGCAGGACCUACCUUACCAGCACUGAAAUUGCUGAUCGAAAGGGCAUUCUCGAAUCCGACUAGUCUUGACAAUGACGCAUCCAAAUCCACGGACUCCAAGAGUUUGAUUCACGUGCUUCAUGGAUUUAUCACGCAAACUCUUCAAAACAUUGAAGAUGCUUCCCGGAAACUUGAAGAGAAAAGCGCGACGAUAUCUAUGAGACUUCGCAAUAAUCUUCUAGCGUGUGUUCUCGUCUUUACCUCCGUACCUCCCGAGGUUCAAAUCAGUCGAGCUGCACUGGAAGACUAUUGUGCGGUUCUGUCGAGAUUAUUCUUGAAUGACUCAACAGAGAUCGGAGCAACCGCCCUACAUUGUUCGAAAUCGUUGAUCUUAAACAACAAACGCGGCUUUCCUUCUGCAAUCACUCAACUCGCUCUCACUCGCCUUCUCCCAAGCUUCUAUGAGUUUAUCUUCAAAGUCUCUCAACCGAAUCUGGACGACCAGAAACAUGCCCAGAAGAUAGAACCCAUUCAAUUCUCAAUGGUUGCUGAGAUCCUCAAGAUCUUUUCUGGGAUUGUCAGUUUACUCUCGUCGGAAAAACGUCAACAAGCGCUGGUGAUCUUCCUACCACUCUAUCUAAAAGUGAUCGAAUCGGAAGGCUUACCAGAGCUACGAAAGACGGGGAUCUCGUUAGUCUUGCAGCUGGCCUCGCUCGACUCGGUCAACUUCAAGCAGGCGAUGAACUGUCUGGAGGCCGACCAGAAAUCGAGCCUCGAAUCGGCCCUCAGAGGCUCGCUGCAUAGCGGCAGACUCUCCGCUACUGGCCCCGACGGGCUUCACUCUCCUAAUCCCGCUCCGCCUUCCAUUGAACUUAAGAGCUUCGGUUGAUUUGGUCUCUUCCUCUUUUGUUUUUCAAUUAUUAGCAUUUUUCUUAUGUUCCUUUUUUUUCUGCUUCUCUGUUUGCAUCUCCCUGUACAUGCUAGAUGUCUUUUUUCUUUGUUUGUUAAAAGAAAAGAAUGCACGAAAAAAAAACUAUCACUUCCAGAUAUAAAUUGUUGAUCUGCAGCUUGUAUGUAUAAAAAACUUCGUCUGCAUCCGUUUUCCCCUGUUUCUCUCUGAUCAGUCUCUCAUCUCACCUCAUUGGGUCCCCAAUUCUCUUCUGAGCAUAUUAUCCCCUUCAUGUUUGAUUGAUUAUAUCUAAAUCCACGAUCAAAAUCGAUUUGACUUGUACGCAAGAUGAUUUGAUGAAAGCUAUUGCUUAAUUCAUUGAUCUAAGCAAAGUGCCCAG